GUUAUAUUCAACGAGAGUUAACUUAACCAUCGGAUUCCGUGACGCCCCGUUCUGCGAUUGCAGUCGAGAAUCGAAUAUAAUGAACGUGUGGCUUGUGAUAUCCCUAUUACUCCUAAAUGUGGCAAAGGGGCGUUCCUGGAGGCCCUCCCUGGGUCCACCCCCCCGACCCCCGGGUCCCCCCGUGGACACCAUGACAGACGUGAUAAACGACCUCGGGGUUAACCUCCUGGACUGCUACAUUUCGCAACCAGGUAACAUCGCCUUCUCGCCAACCGGUCUGGCAUUCGUCCUGGCAGCCCUGUACGAGGGUUCAGCCGGUCGUACAUCGCGACAAAUAGCCCAAGUCCUGGCACUGCCGCGCGACCGUCGUAUCACCGAGAUUGGAUUCCGUGACAUUCACCGUAGGCUGAGAAGCUACCUAAACGCCGACGCCUUUCUCGGCGGCCUCACCUUGAAUCGCGACGAUAUCAUAUUAAGACCGGAGUACGAGGAUACCCUGAGGUUUUACGGUUUUGAUGUGGCCGAUCAGGCUAACAUGACGGACAACGGAACAGCCGAGGCUGUCACACCGGCGACAGCGGGGGGACAGACGAUUGACAGUGGAAGUACGACUACUGGAGCAACGCCGAUGUCAGUGGUGACAGAUCCGAGCGGUGCGACAACCUCCCUGAUGAUGGUGACAGCACCGAUGCCUGUGGUGGCACCUGAUGUCACAGCUGCCAUGGACUCGACCACCAAUUCCAUGGCGGAAACAAUAGCCAGUCCGGGAAGCGCUUCGGGGAUGUCCGCGGGCCUCGCCAAUACGAUGGGCACUGUCCCCACUGGAAAUGGGACCGCUGAGGGCCUGACGACGUCGCCCAUGCCUCCAGUCGCUGUAAGUACAGAAGGCAGUACUUCUUCUCCAGGAAAUGAUACUCUUGGAAUCGCUGAUGCUGUGGCUGGAACUCCAUCCGCUGUUCCAACGAGUCCCGCCCCGAACGCGGGAAAUAAUUCUGGCAUGAAUACCUCGGAAAUUGUCGUUAAUGCGACGGACAACGUAACGCCUGUCGCCGCGGUAACGAACGCACAGGGCAUGAAUAGUUCUGCUGGAGAUGAUUCCUCUGCCGCACGCUCCGUCGGUCAAACGACUCCCAUUAAUUUGGGUACAACUGGUAAUUCCGUUAAUGAGACUGAGGGAAAUACCGUCAAUUCGACCGUGGAAACUGCGACAGAAGCUUUCUCGCUCGUUGAUGUGGCGGAGGGGAUGAAUCAGUCGGUGGGAAUCAUCGCGAAUGAUGAGAAUAGGAUCAGGAAGAGGAGCAUUGGGCACCAGAAGUUUACGAUUUAUUCAGGUGAUGGGAUUUGGAUUGACGAUGCCAAUGCUUGGCGGGAAUACGAGUCGACGGGGCCGGCCGACGAUUCGGGUGUAAACGAGGACAUGACAGAUCUGCAAUUUCUUGUCAACGGGUGCGAUCCGUCCACUAUAUCAACUGCCACUUACACAGCUGCUCUACCCUUCGCCUACAUCCCCUCACUCCGGGCUUUCGGCGUCGAAUUUCCACUUGAUGACCCGAGGUACAAUGUGAUCCUGCUAGUCCCCACCGACGGUGUCACCAGUCGAAUCCUGGUGAGGCUCCUCCACGGCAAGACACUCAGGCACAUCAGGGCGUCGAUGAGGCCCACGUGGGUGAGGGCUACGAUUCCCUCCUUCAUGCUCCGGGGCUUCAUCACCCUGACCCCUUACCUCCAAAAAAUGGGGAUUAGAGACGCCUUCGAGCCGAGAGCAGCGGACUUGACCCCCAUGAGCCCGGACCUGGGGAUCUACGCGAGAGAUGUGCAACAGAGUAUCGGUGUGAACAUCAGGAACUACAUGAGAGAUGGAAGAAACGAUAGCACAACCACCUCCACCACAAGUCCUUAUCAACGUCCAGAAAAUUAUCUGCAUAACCGAGAACCAAUUCCAUUCACUGUGGAUCGUCCCUUUCUAUUUUUUAUUGUCGACACCGAGACCUCUGUAGCCCUCAUUGCGGGGAGGAUCGAUGAUCCCCUGAACUCGCGGAUCCUCUGAGCGAAAGAAAAUGGGAGCGGAAAAGAAGGAGUGAAUACAAUAAUUUGUAUACAAAAAAGGGGAAUCGAGGAGGCAAGACACCGGCUACCUCGUGGGAUUCAUCAGGGAGAUGUAUUCAUUCGUCACAAUUCGCGGAAAUAAUCCUUUUCUCUCUUGUUCACUAGCUUUGGCGUUCAUUCGCAUUUUCAUUCAAUUCGCUGCAACAAAUUCAUUCAUUCGAAUACACUCUCAGAGACACGAUAAUAAAGAAUUGAUUCUUAACAACUACGCGAAUAUAUUAUGAAUCCUCGUGAUUUGUUUUUUUUUAUUUAUCUCCACUCGAUUGAUCGUUAAGUGCUAAAUAUAUUCAAUACGCAUUAAUGAUUUGUUCUCUCAAUUGUUCAUUGUUUUAUGUAUAAUAAGUGUCUGUACAGCCCAACGGGAGUUUGAUUCGUGGAUUGUCCUUGGAAUUUUCAUUGAUUGGUCUCAGGUGACGUUCUUCAGUAUCCAGGGAACAAACUUUGAAAUUCUCGUGCAAACACCCGGUAGAUUGGCCUCGGCACAGCCGAUACCCCAGGAUAUUAUUCCAGCGAGAAAGUAACGACCAUCUUUACCACGCACCUGGAGAGGUCCACCAGAGUCACCCUGCAAUGGAACAGACACCUGCAAAGAAAUGAAAUUUAAAUUCUCAAUAUCCCACAAACUGAUACUGAACGGUAUGUAUCGAAGCAAUGAAAUAAUCAUGAAGUUGACUCACUUCCUGAAGUACCGAGGGCAAUGUACCUCCCUCACUGAGUCUACCCCACCCAGUGACAGUGGCAUUUUCACCAACAAGAAGAUCAUCAGUAGCUGGUAAACAUAUUGGCGAUAUGUGAGGGGCAAAAACAAGGGAGCUCUCGAGCCUCACAAGAGCAAGAUCGUAUUCGUAAGUGAAGAAAUUGUAUUUGGGAUGUACGACCUUCUUAGCAAUACCUCUUUCUACGUAAGGCAAGCGCUCCUGUACAGAUGAGAAAUCGUAAUCACCAACCCGGAUCCUAAUCUGCGAGGUCAGUAAACUGAAAAUGAAGGAAUGGAGAAAACAAAGUUGUGAAAAAAAAUAAAUUUGUAGAUGUAA